CGUGCCCACAAUCACUCCAUAGCCACACACUCACGUACAAGUGACACAGGAGAUAGAGCCACUGGGAUCCUCACUCCGAGCUCACCCUGCUUGCUCAGUGGCUGCCAUCCUAGACCGACUCCGUGUACCAGGUUACCAUAAAUCGCAAGCACCAUCAAGAGACAUGGGGGCAAAGGGGCCUUCGUCCCGCCUUCAGAAACUGCUCACUUGGUUGCUUGGAAAGCAGGACUGGAACCAGCACCUGGACCAGCUGCACAUGCUACAGCAGAAGAGGAUUUGGGAGUCUCCACUGCUUACAGCAGCCAAGGAAAAUGACCUAUGUAUCCUGAAGAAACUUCAGCUAGACCAGAACUGUGACUUCCGGCAAAGAGGAGCCCUGGGGGAGACAGCGCUGCACAUAGCGGCCCUCUAUGACAACCUGGAGGCUGCUUUGGUACUGAUGGAAAUUGCCCCAGACCUGGCCACAGAGCCCACUCUGUGUGAGCCCUUUGCAGGUCAGACUGCACUGCACAUCGCAGUCAUGAACCAGAAUGUGAACCUGGUGCGCGCCUUGCUCGCCAGGGGGGCCAGCGUCUCUGCCAGAGCUACAGGCUCUGCCUUCCACUGCAGUCCCCACAACCUCAUCUACUACGGGGAGCACCCUUUGUCCUUUGCUGCCUGUGUGGGCAGCGAGGAGAUCGUGCGGCUGCUUAUUGAGCACGGAGCUGACAUCCGGGCCCAGGACUCCCUGGGAAACACAGUCCUGCAUAUCCUCACCCUGCAGCCCAACAAAACCUUUGCCUGCCAGAUGUACAACCUGCUGCUGUCUUAUGAUUUAGGGGACCACCUGCAGCCCCUGGAACUUGUGCCCAAUUACCAGGGACUCACCCCCUUCAAGCUGGCUGGAGUGGAAGGCAACACCGUGAUGUUCCAACACCUGAUGCAGAAGAGGAAGCACAUCCAGUGGUCAUGUGGGCCCAUGACCUCCACCCUCUAUGACCUCUCAGAGAUCGACUCCUGGGGAGAGGAACUGUCCUUUCUGGAACUCGUGGUUUCCUCCAAGAAACGGCAGGCUCGCCAGAUCCUGGAACAGACCCCAGUGAAGGAGCUGGUGAGCCUCAAGUGGAAGAAGUAUGGGCGGCCCUACUUCUGCCUUCUGGGUGCCUUAUAUAUUCUUUACAUCAUUUGCUUCACCACGUGCUGCAUCUACAGGCCCCUCAAGGUCCGCGACAGCAACCGCACACAUUCUCGAGAUAACACCAUCCUCGAACAGAAACUACUACAGGAGGCAUAUGUGACUUACCAGGACAACAUCCGGCUGGUGGGGGAGCUGGUGACUGUCCUUGGGGCUGUGAUUAUCCUGCUUCUAGAGAUCCCAGACAUUUUCAGAGUGGGUGCCUCUCGCUAUUUUGGACAGACAAUCCUCGGAGGGCCAUUCCAUGUUAUCAUCAUUACCUACGCCUCUCUGGUGUUGGUGACCAUGGUGAUGAGGCUCACCAAUAUGAAUGGGGAGGUGGUGCCCAUAUCCCUGGCCCUGGUGCUGGGCUGGUGCAGUGUCAUGUAUUUUGCCCGAGGAUUUCAGAUGUUGGGUCCCUUCACCAUCAUGAUUCAGAAGAUGAUUUUUGGAGACCUGAUGCGCUUCUGCUGGCUGAUGGCUAUGGUCAUCCUGGGUUUCGCCUCAGCGUUCUAUGUAAUUUUCCAGACAGAGGACCCGACCAAUCUGGGGGAAUUCUCCAACUAUACCACGGCCCUCUUCAGCACCUUCGAGCUCUUCCUCACCAUCAUCGAUGCCCCUGCCAAUUACACAGUGGACCUGCCCGUCAUGUACAGCCUCACCUACUCCGCCUUUGCCAUCAUCGCCACGCUGCUCAUGCUCAACCUGUUCAUCGCCAUGAUGGGCGACACCCACUGGCGGGUGGCCCAAGAGCGGGAUGAGCUCUGGAGGGCCCAGGUUGUGGCCACCACAGUGAUGCUGGAAAGGAAGAUGCCCCGCUUCCUGUGGCCUCGCUCAGGUAUCUGUGGUUGCGAGUACGGCUUGGGAGACCGCUGGUUCUUGCGGGUUGAGCACCUCCAUGACCAGAACCCCUUGAGAGUGCUUCGCUAUGUGGAAGCUUUCAAAUCCUCAGAUAAGGAGGAGGGAGAGGAGCAGCCUUCUGAAAAACAGCCCUGCGGGACUGAAUGUGAAACUGCAUCCAGAGCCUCUCUAUCCAGGACCACAUCGCUAAGCAGCAGCAGCCACCGUGGCUGGGAUAUUCUUCGACGAAACACCCUGGGGCACUUGAAUCUUGGACUGGACCUUGGUGAGGGUGAUGUAGAAGAGGUCUACCAUUUAUGAUGAGGAUUCUUGUUGCUCUUCACCUGGACCCAGGUGGGCAUACAUGAGGACAGAGAAGGGGACACCUGCUUCUGCAAGGAUCUAAGUGCCUGCUAAUCAUGGGAGGAUGUAGACAAAUUAUUUUCUAGAGGAUAAUAUUUCACCCUUCCAAUUUCAGCAUUUCCAGAGAUGGACAGUACUCUAUUGUAUAUGUUGUGUAGGUUCUUUGAAGACAUCUUAAGAGUUUUUGAGCAAAGUUGAACUUGGCAACUGAAGACAUGGGAAAGAGAGAUAGAUUAACAUCUGAACCAACUUUCUUUUCUUCCCCCUUUUGGACAUAUAUAGGCACGAGAAAAAUAAUAAGCCCUGAGGCCUGUUUGAUUGUCUGAUUCCUCAGGGUUCACUGUGGUGACAGACAGUGUGGGCCAUGAAAGCCAUGGUCCUUCAUCUUUCCUCCUUACCCUGUUCCCUCCAUGGGACUCUCUCCUCACCUAGCAACCAAACCCCACCUAGAAAAAUGCAAGAAGAAAAAAUCCUUUUUUUUCUUGCCUUCAAAUUUUCUUUUACUAUGGCUAAAAUGCAUAUAAGAUCUCUCAUUUUGACCAUUUUCAGUUGCAUUAAAUGCAUCCAGACCAUUGUAUAACCACGAGAACUAUUCGUCUGCAGAGGCUGUUCAUCCUCUCCAACUGAAACUCAUACUCACUGAGCAAUAGCUCCAUGCUAUUCUUUCCCUUCCGUCUUCGAUAGCCAAGAUUUCACUUUCAGUCUGAAUUUACUCUAGAUGUUUCAUAGACGUAGGAUCAUGCAGCGUUAGGUCUAUUCAGUCUGGCUUAUUUCAUUUAGUAUAAUAGUCUCAAGGUUUCAUCCAUGCUGUAAUAGGUAUCGGAAUUCUCCUUUUUGAAAAUGAAAUGCAGACAUUCCAAUUGUCCACCCAUUCAUCUGUCAGCAGGUGUGGUGAAUAAUGCUGCUAUGAAAGUAAGAAUGCAUGUAUCUGUACUAGCUCUUGUUCGCAAUUUUUGUGAGGGGGGUGGAUAACUCAGUAAUCUGACUGUUGUACCAUACAGAAACCCCAUGUUUAAUUUUAUUUUGGCAUGGUGUCAUACUGUUUCCCAAAGAAGGUUUCACCAUUUUAUACUCCCUCCCAAACGGGUGUGAUACGGUAUCUCAUUGUAGUUUUGAUUUGCCUUUCUCUAAAGAUGAAGAUUGCCGAAUAUCUUUCAUGUACUAAUUUAUAAUAAUUGUUGUUCCUUUAUGUUUGUCCUUUGAGGGUCAGUCUGACAUAUUUGCAUCUCAUUUGCAUCGUGAUGUGGUUCUUAAUUAUGAGUGGUGAAUUAUGCCUUCUGUUGUCUGAAUGGCUCAAUCAUUCCUUCAGGUGCUUUCCGGCAGCUAAUCUUCCUUGAGCCUGAUGGUAAAGGCUCUUGCUUCAUGUCCUGGAACUUCUAUGCUCCACACACAUGAUCCUUUGCUCUUGGGCUGAAUUGCAUUCAUACAGAUCUGGCCAAUCCUACCAGAGGCAAACUUGGAACCAGAGGCCCAAGGCACCCAUGACAGAGGCUCCUAUAUGGCCUCCCUUCUGUUUCCAGCCCUGUGUCUCAUCUCACUUCUAUUGAUGCCUCUAUCAAAAAGUCCAGAUCAACUUUAAAGAGAAUUGUAGUCUGGAAGAUUAAAGAGAUAAGUGGAAUUUGGGAAACCUCAGAGAGCUUCACGCCAAUAGACAAACACAGAACAGUAUUGCCCAACAGAGGAUCACAGGAAUGUGUGUGGUGGCACGGGGGUUAAAAGUGCUGAGUCAUCAUGAUUCACCUUCUUGUAUUUUUUUUCUUCCUCUUCCACAGUGGAAGCACUUGGACGUCUGUGUGGUCUGUGUGCCAGGUCCAGUUCACUCUGCAUUGUCAGACACCGGUGAUAUUCCCAUCCCCACCUCUUCUGACCCUUCUCACUUGUGUCAUCUUCAAGCUCUCCUCCACAGCUCUGUCACAAAUUAAAUAUGGUGCAUUCUUUUAACGUCCUCUUUCAUCUCUACCUCUCCUUUGAACGGCUCCCCUAUCGUUUUUAUUUCCUGCUCACAGGCAGUUUCCCUGGCUUUUUGCUGUUUCCUCAACCUAUCGUGGUCUGACCUGGGCUUCUCCUGGGUGUUGAUUCCACUCUUGUUCCCUCCCGGAAGUGAGAACCACUGAGCCACCUUGCUUUUGCUCAAACUCUGUAGAUUCUAGUUGACUAUUCGUCACUUUUCACCUUCUUGUGUUUUGCCACUCCUUUAAAUACGUUUGGUCCACAGGUCUCUGUGUUUUUCUACCUAGGCAGCUCCACUACUGACAUAGAUUAUCCACGUGUAAGCUCAUAACUUACAAGUGCCUAUCUUCAGCUUAGAUCUGUCUCUUGAGCUUCAGGCGUGAACAACUUGGACAGCCAGCGAUUGGACCGCUCUCCCUGGAUACUUCAUGGACACCUCAAGCUCAUCAUGUUCCUAACUGGGUAGCUUUUCCUCCUCACCAAACCUGCUCCUCCACCGGCAUUCUCAGCCAAACAGGUGGGAACUCUGCAGGGAAAGUUGCCUAAACGACAGUUCCAGGUGUCAUCCUCAGUACUUCUGUAGUUACCUCUCAUUGCCUCAGAUUUCAAAUAAUCUGUUCUCUAAACCACCAUGCUUAAAAAUAACUAAUUUUGAUUAGAUAGGAAAAGGAGCUAUCUUACUAUUGCUCCAGCUCCUUAAGUACUUUCCCUAUUCACUAGUAAUAAUUCGUUAUUUAUUUACCAUUCCCAAAACAUUACCAAUCUACUCAAGCACAUAUAUGCACAUACUUCUGUUCAAAACAUAAAACGAUAACAUUUUAGAAAGAUGAUUCUUGCUUAUCUAGUCUGAUAGAUGUUGGAACUGUCCCCAUAGCAGUACAACAUUAGAAAAACUCUCCCAGGGUCAUGUGCAGUGUUGUUACACACCUAUAACCCCAGCACUCAGAUGAAGCAUGAGUUCAAAGCCAGCCUGGGCUACAAAGUGACACCUUAUCUCAGGAAACAAAACAACUAUGAAGGCUUCCAUUUGUUUUCACCUAUACGAGCUCCUGCCAUUCUUCUGAGUAGGCCACCAUCAUCUCCCCCUCUGCAUCGCAUCAGCACGCUCCUUGCUGCUCUUUUUGCCUGUGGUCUUGAUCUUCUCCAAUGAACAGUCUAUGCUGCAGCGAGAUUGUCCUUUGUCAGAUACAGCUCCUGCUUCAAAGGAUAGUCUUUGGCAAGCCCUGCUGUGACCUGACUGCCAGCAGCCGCCUCAACUCUACAAGUCCCCCAUUUAGAACUAUCAUCCCGCAACAUGUAUAAUGUUUAGUUCCUAGAUACUAAUUCUUUUUCCUUUCAACCUUUAUGACUUAUGGAUAUUCCUACCUGCCUGCAUUCAUUGUCCCUUCCAUCUUUGUGAUUUUUUUUUAAAUUCAGUCUAUUGGUCUCAGGUUAAAGAUAUUUGAUGUGUGUGUACGCAUGUGUACGCUGGAGAGUUGGUUAGUCCCUGACUCCCAGACUAGGUUAUAGAGGACCUAUUCUAUGUUCCUAGACCAUUUAUAUUUUCUUCUGUGUGUUAUUGACCUCUUCUGCACUUUAUUGCAUUUGUUUCUUUAGAUAUCUGUUUUUCUUAGUAGGCUACAUGUGCCACAAAGGCAAAAUCAUGUCCAUCUUGUUCACUAUU